CCGGCCCGCGCCCGCCGCCCGCCGCGCCCGCGCCCCCCGAGGCCGAGCCUGGCCGGGCCGGGCCGGGGCGCCGCAGCCGCCGCGCGCGGGACCCCGCAGGUGACCAUGAAGCGCUGUGACGGGCCCAUCCCCGCCAACGGCUGCGGGCCCGACCGCUGGACUCCUGCCUUCACCCGCAAAGACGAGAUCAUCACCAGCCUGGUGUCUGCCCUGGACUCCAUGUGCUCAGCGCUGUCCAAGCUGAACGCCGAGGUGGCCUGCGUGGCAGUGCACGACGAGAGCGCCUUCGUGGUGGGCUCCGAGAAGGGGCGGAUGUUUCUGAACGCGCGCAAGGAGCUGCAGUCGGACUUCCUCAGGUUCUGCCGAGGACCUCCCUGGAAGGAACCGGAGGCAGAGCACCCCAAGAAGGUCCUGCGGGCUGAGGGCGGCAGCCGGAGCCUGGCGCGAGCCUCGCUGGAGCACGGCUCGGACGUGUACCUGCUGCGGAAGAUGGUGGAAGAGGUGUUUGAUGUUCUUUAUAGCGAGGCGCUGGGCCGGGCCGGCGUGGUGCCGCUGCCCUACGAACGGCUGUUACGGGAGCCGGGGCUGCUGGCCGUGCAGGGGCUGCCCGAGGGCCUGGCCUUCCGCCGGCCGGCCGAGUACGACCCCAAGGCGCUCAUGGCCAUCCUGGAGCACAGCCACCGCAUCCGCUUCAAGCUCAAGAGGCCACCUGACGAGGGUGGGCGGGACUCGAAGGCCCUGGUGGAGCUGAACGGGGUCGCCCUGUCCAGCAAGGGCUCUCGGGACUGCAGCCUGCAUGGCCCCGGCCCCAAGGGUCCCACCCCGGAGCUGCCGCCCACGGCCACUGCCUCGAUGGCCAGCUUCCUGUACAGCUCGGCGCCACCCAGCCACCCCAUCCGAGAGCUGAAGCAGGAGGCGCCCCCUGGGCCCCUCACCCCCGGCGACCUGGGCCUGGGCCGCUCGGGGCCUGAGUCUAAGGGCUCUGGCCCCCAGGACUUCACUGAUUGCUGUGGACAGAAGCCCCCCGGGCCCGCUGGGCCUCUCAUUCAGAACGUCCACGCGUCCAAGCGCAUCCUCUUCUCCAUCGUCCAUGACAAGUCAGAGAAGUGGGACGCCUUCAUCAAGGACACGGAGGACAUCAACACCCUCCGGGAGUGUGUGCAGAUCCUGUUCAACAGCAGAUAUGCGGAGGCCCUGGGUCUGGACCAUAUGGUGCCGGUGCCCUACCGGAAGAUCGCCUGCGACCCCGAGGCCGUGGAGAUUGUGGGCAUCCCCGACAAGAUCCCCUUCAAGCGGCCCUGCACCUACGGGGUCCCCAAGCUCAAGCGGAUCCUGGAGGAGCGACACGGCAUCCACUUCAUCAUCAAGAGGAUGUUUGAUGAGCGAAUUUUCACAGGGAACAAGUUUACCAAAGACCCCACCAAGCUGGAACCCCCCAGCCCGCCCGAGGACGUCUCCGCCGAGGCCUCGCGCACUGCUGGCCUAGACCUGGCCGGGGCUGCUCGGUUAGAUAGGAGCGGCAUCGCCGAGGACUGUGGGCCAGGAACCUCCGGGGAGCUGGGCGUGCUGAGAGCCAUUAAGAUCGAGCCGGAGGACCUGGAUAUCAUUCAGGUGACCAUCCCAGACCCUUCCCCGACCUCUGAGGAAAUGACCGACUCCGUGACCGGCCACUUGCCCUCGGAAGAUUCCGGCUACGGGAUGGAGAUGCUUGCAGACAAAGGCCCUGGCAGUGAGGACCCGCACCCCGAAGAGAGGCCCAUGGAGGACAGCCAUGGGGACGUGAUCCGGCCUCUGCGGAAGCAGGUGGAGCUGCUGUUUAACACGAGAUACGCCAAGGCCAUGGGCAUCUCGGAGCCCGUCAAGGUGCCCUACUCCAAGUUCCUGAUGCACCCCGAGGAGCUGUUCGUGGUGGGACUGCCCGAGGGCAUCGCCCUGCGCCGGCCCAACUGCUUUGGCAUCGCCAAGCUCCGCAAGAUCCUGGAGGCCAGUGACAGCAUCCGCUUUGUCAUCAAGCGGCCCGAGCUGCUGACUGAGGGAGUGAAGGAAUCCAGCCUGGACAGCCAAGAGAGGGACCCUGGGGACCCCCUGGCGGACGAGAGCCUGAAGAGACAGGGCUUCCAAGAGAACUACGACGCCCGGCUCUCACGCAUCGACAUCGCCAACACGCUAAGGGAGCAGGUGCAGGACCUGUUCAAUAAGAAAUACGGCGAGGCACUGGGCAUUAAGUACCCGGUGCAGGUGCCCUACAAGCGGAUCAAGAGCAACCCCGGCUCGGUGCUCAUCGAGGGGCUGCCCCCUGGCAUCCCCUUCCGGAAACCCUGCACCUUCGGCUCCCAGAACCUCGAGCGGAUCCUGGCCGUGGCGGACAAGAUCAAGUUCACCGUGACCAGACCUUUCCAGGGACUCAUCCCCAAGCCUGAUGAAGACGACGCCAACAGGCUGGGGGAGAAGGUGAUUCUCCGAGAGCAGGUGAAGGAGCUCUUCAACGAGAAAUACGGUGAGGCCCUGGGCCUGAACCGGCCCGUGCUGGUCCCCUACAAACUCAUCCGGGACAGCCCCGACGCCGUGGAGGUCACGGGCCUGCCUGACGACAUCCCCUUCCGGAACCCCAACACGUACGACAUCCACCGGCUGGAGAAGAUCCUGAAGGCCCGGGAGCACGUGCGGAUGGUCGUCGUCAACCAGCUCCAGCCCUUUGCAGAAAUCUGCAGCGAUGCCAAGGUACCAGCCAAAGACAGCAGCGUCCCCAAACGCAAGCGGAAGCGGGCCUCCGAAGGGAACUCCGUCUCCUCCUCCUCCUCGUCCUCAUCCUCAUCCUCCAACCCAGAGUCCGUGGCCUCCGCCAACCAGCUCUCACUUGUGCAGUGGCCCAUGUACAUGGUGGACUGUGCUGGCCUCCACGUGCAGCUGCCGGGGACCCUGAAGUACUGACCGUCAGCCACAUCACGACCUCACCCAGAAAGACUAAAGGAAAUGUAAUUUAUGUACAAAGUGUAUAUGCGGAUAUGUAUCGAUGCCUUUUAGUUUUUCCAAUGAUUUUUACACUAUAUUCCUGCCACCAAGGCCUUUUUAAAUAAGUAAAAAAA